CAUAGACAAACCAAAUUAAAGAAUCACAAAACCUUAAACCCUGUCUCCUUCCUUGACCCUCGCUCGUUCCUCGCCUCCGUCUUAGGUUUCUCUCUUUUGUUUUUCAACAAGUGUCAAAGUUUCAGUCACCAUGUAUCUUCGAUAUUAUAUUAACGAUAACGGUGACAAAGUCUACACUACUAAGAAAGAGUCACCGGUUGGGUUAGCUACGCAAUCUGCUCAUCCAGCCCGGUUUUCACCUGAUGACCAAUUCUCAAGGCAAAGAAUUCUUCUGAAGAAGCGACUUGGACUGCUACCAACCCAGCAUCCAGCUCCAAAAUAUUGAUAUUCAAGCUAUAGUUAUUAAUGUUAUGCCUUCAGUACUAAGCAGUGUUUUCUAAUCUAGAGCUGGUGUGAAGUAGUUGGAUCAUUUAUGCUUUUUCUGUUUUUAACCGAUUCCGUCAAUAUCUUGUCCAAAUGAACAAAGUGGCGAAUGAUGAAAUUCACUGAUGAAUGAAUGAUUUUGUAUUGAUGUUUGCCGUUUAUAUGUUAUGAUUAAAAUUUUCUUUUACUU